AUGUCCUCCCUAUCCGCCCAGGGCAAACGCCUUGAAGGCAAGACCAUCGUCGUGACCGGCGCCAGCAGUGGCAUCGGACGAAGUGUAGCACAGGAGUUCGCACGUACCAGCCCCACGAACCUCAAGCUCGUCAUCACCGCCCGUCGCAUUGACACCCUCAAAGAAGUCGCCGCAGCCAUCAACAAAGAAGUCGGCUCUGGUGUACAAGUCCUUCCCUUCCAACUCGACGUCUCCAAGCCCGAGCAGGUCAAGUCCUUUGUGCGGAACCUGCCCAAGGAAUUCCAGGACAUUGAUGUUCUGGUCAACAAUGCUGGACUCGUCAAAGGCGUGGCGCAGGCGCCGGACAUCGACCCCGAGGACAUCAAUGUCAUGUUCGCGACCAACGUCACCGGUUUGAUCAAUCUGACGCAGGCGGUGUUGCCAAUCUUCAAGGGCAAGCAAGGUGGCAAGGAUGGUGGAAGGGGCGAUAUUAUCAAUAUUGGAUCUAUUGCAGGCAGGGAAGGCUAUCCCGGUGGAAGUAUCUACUGCGCUACCAAGGCUGCGGUCAGGACUUUCACCGACAGCUUGAGGCGCGAGUUGAUCGCUACUCGUAUCAGGGUCAUCGAGAUUGAUCCUGGUCAGGUAGAGACGGAAUUCUCCGUCGUGCGAUUUGGUGGUGACAAGGCCAAAGCUGACGCCGUCUACAAGGGUGUUGAGCCCCUGACACCGGACGACAUCGCCGAGGUGGUCGUCUUCACUGCAGGACGGAGGGAAAAUGUCGUUAUUGCUGACACGUUGAUCUUCCCGAAUCAUCAGGCUGCCGCAACGGUCAUGCAUCGCAAAUCGUAA